ACUAUUUUUGACUACAUGCCACCCACAAACAGAUGGUCAAACUGAGGUUGUCAAUCGUACUUUAUCAACACUGCUACGUGCUAUCUUGAAGAAGAAUUUAAAGUUGUGGGAGGAGUGCCUUCCUCAUGUUGAGUUUGCUUAUAACAGGGCGGAGAGGGUGAAUUUGGAUGCUGCCAAGCGCUCAGAAAUAAUCAAGAGCUUACAUGUCGAGACGAGGAUGAACAUUGAGAAGAAGUCACUUCAGUAUGCAAAACAGGCCAACAAGGGCAGGAAAAAGGUUACAUUUCAACCAGGUGAUCUUGUGUGGUUACAUCUUCGUAAGGAGCGAUUUCCUCAAAAACGCAAGAAUAAGUUAUCCCUAAGAGGAGAUGGGCCUUUCAAAGUACUUGAACGAAUAAAUGAUAAUGCUUACAAGAUCGAGUUACCAUCAAAUUACACUGAUGUCAGUGCAACGUUCAAUGUCAAAGACUUACUUCCAUUUUUUGGAGGAGCUGAGUCGAGGACGACUCCUUUUCAAGAGGGGGAGGCUAAUGAGGACAUGUCCAGUAAGGAUCCAAUAUCCAAAUCUGAUACAAGUGCUAAUGACAUUGUAGGACCAAUCACUAGAAGCAGGUCUAAGAAACUAGAGAAGGAAAUGCAAGCCCAGGUGAAUGCUAACCUUUAUUCAUCUAAUUCUGAUAUCUCAGGAAAUAUGCUACUUUCAUAUUCUUCUUUUAUGAUUCUCAGAAAUGACGGUUUACCCAAAGGCAUUUAGCAUAUGAAGGCACUGUAUCAGA